AUUUUUUAAAAAAUUAAAAAAAAAAAAAAACACUGUUAAAACGAAGUAAUGUUGAGCCAGCCCUCCUGGCCUAGUGGUUAAAGUUCGGCACGAUCUGCUUCGGCAGCCCGGGUUCAGUUCCCGGGUGGAACCACACCACUUGUCUGACAGCAGCCAUGCUGUGGCAGCGGCUCACAUAGAAGAACAAGAAGGGCUUAGAACUAGAAUAUACAACUUGGUACUGGGGCUUUGGGGAGGAAAAAAAAAAGUGAUGUCAACUAAUACGUUUACUUAUUUACUGUGUUUAUUGUCUCCCCCUCCCCUACCUGAAUGUAAGGGAUCUUCUCCCAUUUUUGUUUACUGAUGUGUGUCUAGAAAAUGCCUGGCACCAGGUGCUCAGUAAAUAUUGUUGAUUUGAUAAAGGAGUGAAUGGAGCUGUUUGAGUGGGUGGGAGUGUCGCUUUGUUUACAUUUUAACAGUCUUAGUGAAGCCACCCUCAGCUUCUUCCCAGGUUUCCUUCCUCCUACUGCCAGAAUGAGCUCAGGCCUUUUGCAUAUCUUUCUCAUUUAUUCUGUGCCCCAGCCUACCACCCUUGUCCUACUGUCUUUUUAAGUCUCCUUGAUCUUGAUUUAGACCAAUUUAGGCCCCAAACUGGUUUGUGAUGCUUGGCUCUGACCAGUCUCUUAUGAGCCGAGCAUUGUGCCCUUUUUCUGCUGGCAGUCCCUGGUCCAUAGUCAAGAGUCCAGCUGUUCUCUGGUUUAGGAAGUUUGGAAAGAGCAGCAGACAGUGACUUUUCCUUUUCCUUCUAUUUUCUUCCUGGCAUUCUACCCCCAAAUCUAGUUAGCUCUUCUUUUAAAUUGUGAACAGUGGCUGUCAUGGUCAUUCCUGGCUAAUCUAACUUACUCUUAGGUGUCAUUUCUGUUACGCACGGCUCUGGCGUCACCAGCCCGGGGGUUUGACGGGGGAGGCCCAGCCACUAGGCUGCAUGUUGUCACCCUGUGCAGCCUUCCACAGAGGGAACAUAGUGGGACAGGUUUCAGUUCUCUUUCAGUCCGUGGUUACCUCAGGAAGCAGGUCUCAGUUUGGUACGAGGGUGUCUUUAACACCUUCCCAAUACCUUCUUAGCAAAAGAGACAGGACCCUUGGUAGGCAACAGUAUCCAGCUAGAAUUUAAUCACAAUGUUUUGUUUUCAUUGUAUACAUCUUUUUGGUUACCUUCUAUUUAAGGCAAGUGAUGAUGGCUUCCUUAUAAGGAAAGGAGUUUCCCUUUUUAACACAUGUACUUAAUUUUACAAAGUGAAGCAGUUAAGUAAAAAUAUCAAGUAAAUAAUUGUAGAGGUGGUAUGCAAAACUCAGGAGAGAGGGCAUGGUGCAAUGGUAGGAGGAUGCAGCAAAAAUUCUGAAGGUAAUCCUUAAAUGAUUGGCAUUUGGGCGACACUUUAGGAAUUGAGAGCAAGAAGGGGUUUCAUUGAUCCUUAAGUGUCUGCCAGCCUCACCCUCCCCCAGCACUAGACUGUAAGCCUCAGGAUGGCUGAGACCAUGUCUCAGUGGGCUGGCCAUUAUAUCCUAGGAGCUACUAGGUGCUCAGUAAAUACUGGCUGAGUGAAAUGAGUAGGUGAAUGGGUAAGUCAUGUGGCUCAGUGCCCUUGUUUUGCAGGUGAGAAAACUGAGGGUUAAAGGAAGGGUUAAAGGUUCCAAGACCCAGACCCUUUUCGCGGAGCAUCCUGCCUGUUAGGAUCGACCGUGGGCGCCCUGCUGGCUGCCGAGCUAGGAUGGAAAUUCUGUGAUGCGGACGACUAUCACCCGGAGGAAAAUCGAAUGAAGAUGGGAAAAGGGAUACCGCUGAAUGACCAGACCUCACUGAUGCCGCGAUUAGACGGGUCCAAGGACAGGAUUCCAUGGCUCUGCAACUUGCAUGACAUUUUACUAAGAGAUGUAGCCUCAGGACAGCAUGUGGUUCUAGCUUGUUCUGCUCUGAAGAAAAUGUACAGAGACAUCUUAAUACGAGGAAAAGAUGGUGCACCUCUGAAGUGUGAUGAGUCGGGGAAGGAAGAAAAGCUGGCUGAGGUGAAGCUCCUUGUGGUCCACCUGAGUGGGUCAUUUGAGGUCAUCUCUGGACGCUUACUCAAAAGAAAAGGCCAUUUUAUGCCCCCUGAGUUACUGCAGUCCCAGUUUGAUACUCUGGAGCCCCCAUCAGCUCCAGAAAAUUUCAUCCAGAUCAGUGUGGACAAAAAUCUUUCAGAGAUAAUUGCUACAAUUAUGGAAACUGUAAAAUGAAAUGAGAAUCCUUUCAUAUCAGUGGUCCAGGACAAAGUUAAGCAUAAAUCUCUAUCCCAUCCCAAACCGUGUUCCUGUAUCCUUGUCGAUACUGCAUUCUAAAUUCUUCUUAAGGUGAACAAACCACAGUGUGUUCAGAUAUGCUUGUUUGGGUGUAUUUUUAGGAAUUUGUGACACUCUCGUCGUCAUACUCUGGCACAGAGAAGAGAGGGAACUUUGAAAGUAAAGCUUCAAUUGAAGUUUAAAUUCAUGUGACCCAAUCAGAUGAUCAGAGGAAAUGCCAUAAUUGAUGCUGUAAAUCAUCACCUCAUUUAGAACAUUCUUGAUCAUGCCUAUAUUUGGACAAAUAAAUGAAACUUGGCUAUCCUUGACAUCCCCUAGAAAUUGGUCUCAGGAGCAGAAACGUGCAAAAUCGACCACUCACCAGCAAGUCAUGUCACACCACAUGCCUCCCAAUCCUCUCUCUCCUUGGGUCAUUUCAAGAUAAAUAAAAAGCACACAUAGUUCAUGGAUAUAAAAAAUUGAAGGGGCCAGCCCCAUGGCAUAGUGGUUAAGUUCAGUGUGCUCUGCUUCAGUGGCCCAGGGUUUUCAGGUUCAAAUCCCGGAUGUGGACCUACACCACUCGUCAGACUUGCUGCUGUGGCGACCCACAUACAAAAUAGAGGAAGAUUGGCACAGAUGUUAGCUCAGGGCUAAUCUUCCUCAGAAAAAAAAAAAAGAGGAAGAUUGUCAACAGAUGUUAGCUCAGGGUGAAUCUUCCUCAUGAAAAACAAAAAAACUGCAAAGGUGGAACUUGAGUGAAUGAAGCACAGGACUCUGAUCCAGUCUGCCCUGCCUCAUCUUACAGAGAGACCUCUGUGAGACUAGGCUGGUGUCAGCCCACCCCCCUCUCCUGCUGUAAAAGCCAUCAGUGAUGGACACUAGGCAGGCAAGGAAGGAACACUAGAGCUGCUAUGGCCAAGACACGAAACGAAACCUUCCAGUGAGCAGCGAUGUGCCAGCAGCAGCUGGCCUGGGCGAGGCUGCACGGGAGGUUGGAGGCACUGGUGCAUUCCUGGCACGCAGCUUACCGGGCACCCACUAGGGAAGCUGCCUUUUGGCCAGCCAUGGGCUGAGUUUGAGCCCUUCCCCCACAGGGCUCCAGGAAGAAGCUUCUUUACCCCUCUAUGCUGAUCAGCCACUCCUGCAGGGCCACUGGUUGGCUCUGGCCAGAAAGUGAGUUUUGGAACCAGUUACCUGUUUUCUUUCACAAGGGCAUGCAGCCUUUGUCUACAACUGGAAUAUGUGUGUGAGGUGCCAGUGGAAGGAAAGGGCCCUUCUAGGGGAACGGAUCUUGCCUAGAAAAAUGCGGAGCCCCAGAUUUUCCUCUCUGCCAGACUAUUUGGGGCACCUCCAGCCUGGUUUCAGUUUACCUCAACCCUCAUAUUCAGGGUCCAGGCCCUUAAGCUGUCCAGUCAACAUACUCCGCCUGGGUGGAUGAGAUUCACCCUCAGACAGAGGACUCCCUCAGUCCACUGUACUCAGUGAGUCCAUACUGGGUACUGUGAUGGGCACUCUGGAGGGUUUGAAGACCCAUAACACAAAGCCUUGCUCUCAGGUAGCUUAAGUCAGGGUGGAAAGACAGGGCAUCUCAUAUCCUCUGGCACAGGCUCGAGUUCUCAGUGAAGGCAGUUCACAAAGAAGAACUGAUUUUCAAAUAUCCCGCUGGACAUUCACGUGGGACUAAAUGAAAAAGCCUGUUUAUAAUUAUAGGAGCACAGACUCUAACUCUAGUUUGUACAUAAAUAAAAAUUUUUUUUUCAGUUUUAAUAUACACUGAAAUUUCCAAGAAUGCAAUAAAGGCACAAUUGUAUUCCAUUUUAUUUUUAACAUUACCAAGAGUUGUUUACCUGUGAAAAGCCAGUGUAUUUCUGUCACGAAUACAACACACCUACAUCCACCUGCAUUUGUAAUUCUUCGUGAAGCACCAAUGGGCGCAAACACCCAGCUGCUCCACUGUGUUCAUCUAGUGUAGCCAUGCCCAAGCAUUACCUGUUACAACUCAUUCGUUUAUUACAAGUUACUUUUUUUUCUCCUUUAGUUAAGGCAUCAUAUUUAUUAUUUGCUUAGGUAAGUUUUAUUAGCAAUUAAUUUCGCUUCAAGAUGGUAAAGGG